AUAAGUCUGCGUUCUUCUUCUUCUUCUUCCCAAUAGGAAGCAAAAGGAAGGAGGUCAAAAUCUGUUCUAGACUAAUUCAACCCUUCGAAGCAGAGAGAGAAAGAAAGAUGGGUGUAGCGCAGGCAAUGAAGCGAAUUCCUCGCAUUAAGUUUCCUCAGAGACAUCCAAAGCCAUCAUCCGGUUCCACAUCCAAGCCUCAACAAGAAGGUGCAAAUGAUGAUGUUAGCCGACUGUUGUUAUCGAGGAUUACCUCAUCAAACAAAUCUAGUGGAGGUAGGGCUUCUGAACAGCCCAGGAGAACACCAGUUUCAGCAGAGGAAAUUGAGACUAUUUUGUUGGGUGGUUGCCCUUGAUUCUUAAGCCCGGUUCUUCAGCAGCUUACCUAAUAUAUCUAACUAAUUUUGUUCAUUGGUGAGACAAUAAAAUGAGACGAGAUGUGAUACUCGUUUAAAGCUCUUUUGAAUGCUUGGUUGAAGCAUCCUUUUGCCACUACUUGUUAUUUUGUUAUAUUUUUAUUUAUAAGAGGGAUUCAAUGUUUCUACAAUGGUGAUGGUACCUAUUUUGAUUACAUGAAUGAUGAAUUUUUUCUUUCCUUGAAA